CUUGCAUAGCAUUGGUCACAUUAAUAAGAUUGUUCUAACUUCCUUCAGUUCUCUGUGUCAGAGCAACGUUGUUAGUUCCGCCUCCACUCCAUUCUUGUCCUUCAAAUCUUGAACACUCAGCCAAAUAUUCACCUUAAAGCCUAAAACACACUUCUUUACAAGUUACAAGAACCCUUUUUUACAAGUCUUUUUAUUUUUAUCAAUGGCUUCUAUGGCUUUAUCUCAAUCUAUCUUCUCUACUCUUAGUUCUCAAAGAUUUGAGAAUGUUUCCUUCCCUUUGCCAAGCUCAAUGCUCAAACAAUCUGUUAGUGUCUCCAGAUCUCAUUCAUUGUCGACCCAUUUCAAGAAAACCCGGAGUAGUUUCAUCAUCAAUUGUGCUAGUCCAGAAAAUGAUACCAACACUGAAACCCCAAUUGAAUUGAGUUACCCGGCAUUUCCUACUGUGAUGGAUAUCAAUCAGAUUCGCGAGAUUUUGCCCCAUCGUUUUCCGUUUCUUCUAGUGGAUAGAGUGAUUGAAUACAAUCCGGGAGUGUCAGUUGUGGCUAUCAAGAAUGUGACCAUCAAUGAUAACUUCUUUCCUGGGCAUUUUCCUGAGAGGCCAAUCAUGCCUGGUGUCCUCAUGGUUGAGGCAAUGGCCCAAGUUGGUGGCUUGGUCAUGCUACAACCUGAAGUUGGAGGGUCCAAACAGAACUUCUUCUUUGCUGGAAUAGACAAAGCAAGGUUCAGGAAGCCGGUGGUGGCUGGAGAUACUUUGGUAAUGAGAAUGACACUAACCAAGCUGCAAAAACGGUUUGGAAUAGCAAAGAUGGAAGGAAAGGCAUAUGUAGGAGGGGAAGUGGUCUGCGAGGGUGAAUUCUUGAUGGCUACAGGCAGUGAGUAAUGCUCUCAAGCUAUUACUAGUAAACUUUCUGGCACCUAGAUCAGUUUUUUUGGGUCCAUCUGCCCCCAUUAAUGUUAAAACUAGGGAAUCUCAUAAACUUCUUUUUUGUCUAAAGAAUAGUUGGAAUAGUUGCAAUCUAUGACCUGCUGGUUUCUUCCUUGCUAAAGCUGAACCAAAUGGUAUGUUACAUUCAGGAUGAAUGUCAACUUUCUGUAUCUGUGACAAGGGUCCCUUUGUCCUUGCGUGCAUUGAUAUGACAAUCCUGACUUUGAUUGUAUGAUUUUCUUAAUCUUAUAACCCAGGAGGCAGAAAAUCACCGACAAUUCUGCCAUCCUGGUUGAAUUAUUUAGUUGGUGAAGGUUUGUGCAGCAUUUUGUUAAAUUUA